AUGAAGCGGAGAGAAGCGGUGGCGGCGGUGCUGCCAGUGCCGGAACAAGUUUUGCCCAUGUCAAACCUAGAUUUGCUCCUACCACCCCUAGAUUUUGGAAUUUUCUUAUGCUACAAGAAAAGUAGCAAUUACACUGAGCAAAGUCAGUCGCCUGAAAGUAUGGUGACUGUUAUAAAGAAAGCUCUUGCUCAAGCACUAGUGCCCUUCUACCCAUUUGCCGGAGAAAUCGUGCAGAACCACCUUGGCGAGCCUGAGCUUCUCUGUAACAACGCCGGGGUAGAUUUUGUACAUGCAUAUGCUGACAUAGAGCUCAAAGAACUGGACUUUUAUCACCCGGAUUUAUCUGUUCAUGAAAAGCUCGUUCCCGUUAAGAUUCGUGGCGUGCUUUCAGUUCAGGUGACCGAGUUAAAUUGUGGUGGAUUAGUGAUUGGAUGCACAUUUGAUCACCGGGCUGCGGAUGCCCACUCUGCCAACAUGUUCCUCACUGCAUGGGCUGAGAUCUCUCUGGACAAGCCAACAACCCACAUCCCAUUUUUUCGACGUUCACUUUUCGUUCCGCGCUGCCCUCCACAACAUGAUGAAUCAAUUGAUAAAAUGUAUGUAUUAUUAUCAUCUAUACCCCCACCUCCAAAGGAAAUCGAGGUAAGUAAUGAUCACCUAUUAAGCCGAAUAUAUUACAUAAAAGCCGAACAAAUCGAUCGCCUCCAAUUUCAAGCCAGUGAAAAUGGAACCAGAAGAAGCAAAAUGGAGUCAUUUAGUGCAUUUUUAUGGAAAACAAUAGCCGAGGGAGGAAAUGACCUUUCCAAGGCAGUAAAAUUGGGCAUUGUAGUCGAUGGAAGAAAAAGAUUGGAAGGAAGGGAAGAGAAGAAUUUGUCAUUACAAAACUAUUUUGGAAAUGUUCUUUCGAUUCCUUACACAGAGGUAAGCGUUGGCGAACUGAAGUCAAUGACGCUCCAAAUGGCUGCAGAUUUGGUGCACUCCUGCGUAGAGUCUGCUGCAACAGAGGAGCAUUUUUCUGGGCUCAUCGAUUGGGUAGAACUCCAUAGGCCAAAGCCGGCGAUUGUGAAGGUGUACUGUGCAGAUGCUAAUAAUGAAGCCGCCAUUGUUGUAUCCUCCGGACAACAUUUUCCCGUGACGAAAUUGAACUUCGGAUGGGGAAUUCCAGCGUUCGGGUCAUACCAUUUUCCGUGGGGAGGCCAAACUGGGUAUGUGAUGCCAAUGCCAAUGCCAAGCGUGAGAGAGAAUGGAGAUUGGGUUGUUUAUAUGCAUCUUAUGAAGAAGCACUUAGAUUUGGUUGAGACAAAGGCAUUUGAUGUGUUUAGGCCUUUUGAUUCUUCUCAUUUGAAACUUGCAGUUGAUGAUUGA